UUAUCAUGGCCAGCUUGGAACGGCUUUCCGACAUGAGUUUAGUGGUUUGUGGAAUGUUUGGAUAACUCGAAGUGGACGGGCUGGCAGUGAAAGUAACCGUGUGCUGGUUUAAGCCUUCUUAAUAACUUCCUAAACGCCAAUAAGGCCGUUGACCUACUCCGAAAGGGCAGAAGAGGGUCUACGAAAACCGCUGUACGGUAAAUUUAAAGUCACGUCGGAACAAAAAGAAAGACAGCGAGUGGAGCAGUGGAUCCUGUGGCAUUCAGGUUAUCAUUCAACACCAUCGAAACUGUUCUUCAGUAAGCUAGUUGCUUUUCAGUAAAAGCUAUAUGCUUCCGCCCUCGUCAUACUGGAAAAAACCCGUCAAAUGAGUCCUCCAAAAUGUCAUGAAUUCCAUGUGAUGGUGUGAGGAUGGGACAGGGUGGUGUUGGAAGUGACUGCAGCCCUGGAGGCUGAUGAACCCGCUCCAUUGGCCAGUCAGGAUGCACAUAGCUUCACUGGGUGUCAGCAAAUUCUGCUUCCUGUUUUCCCUCGCAUUCUGCGGCCUUCUGCUUCUGCUCAUCCCUGUCCUCCAGCCCCCAGCGCGGCAGGUGGACCUGCCUCAGCCCCGACCGCAAGUCAGACCACACCAUGUUAGGGUUCCCGGAGUGUCUGUCCAUGCAGGGGAAACUGACUCUGCCACAGAGCCUAAUAUGAGCUCAGCAGGGCAGGGGAGAUCCAUUGAGACUGACGGUACCAGGAAUGAUAUCCAUAGUCCCAAGAGGGGGAUGGACUCCAAAAUGGGAGCUCUCCCUGGAGGAAAGGGUGGUCGAUUUUCAGGGUCUAGGUCACGGGACCUGUUAGAGUUUAAGGACAUUUUUAUUGCAGUGAAGACUACCAGGAAGUACCACAAGUCCAGACUGGAGCUGCUGAUUCAGACCUGGGUUUCCCAAGCUAAAGAACAGACCUACAUAUUCACUGACGGUGAGGACAAGGAGCUGAGGAUGAGAACAGGAGCUAACAUCAUCAACACUAACUGCUCAGCAGCUCACACCCGACAGGCUCUGUGCUGCAAGAUGUCUGUGGAGUACGAUAAAUUUAUCGAGUCUCAGAAGAAGUGGUUCUGCCAUGUGGAUGAUGAUAACUAUGUGAUCCUGCCCAGCCUGCUGCGGCUGCUCUCCUCCUACCACCACAGCCAGGAUGUCUACCUGGGCCGGCCCAGCCUGGAUCAUCCUAUAGAGGCUGCAGAGAGGGUCAAGAGUGACGGAUCGGUGUCUGUCAAGUUCUGGUUUGCCACAGGUGGAGCAGGUUUCUGUAUCAGCAGAGGCCUGGCACUGAAAAUGAGCCCAUGGGCCAGUUUGGGGAAUUUCAUCAGCACAGCAGAGAGGAUCCGACUACCAGACGACUGCACCAUCGGCUACAUCAUUGAAGCGCUGCUGGAGGUGACCCUCACACACACACACCUCUUCCACUCUCACCUGGAGAACCUACAGAAGCUGCCCACGGACACAGUGCUGGAGCAGGUGACUCUCAGCUUCGGAGGCUUUAAAAACAGAAGAAAUGUGGUCAGCAUUGUUGGAGGCUUUUCACUGGCUGAGGACCCCACAAGGUUCAAGACGGUGCACUGCCUUCUGUAUCCAGAUACUAACUGGUGUCCGAAGCUCCAACAUCGCCACACAAACUGAAAGACGCUGGGUUUUUAUCCUGUAGCACUCAUACCUGCUAAACAUUUAUUCCACUGCCUCACCCUGCCAUGUUGGGAUCAAGUUAGGUUCAGCUGGAAAAAUAUGCCAUGUCACGCGUCAUUUGGACGAUGACUGAUGUAGCCUCACCUCAUGCUUCAUGAAUGCAGUGCUAGUGGUAGGUUGUUUUUGUUACCCCUCAGAGGCAAAGCUAUUCGACAGGCAAGGUGUAUAUAACUCCUUAACUCAAUUUAAAUAGGCGGAACCAAAGAAUGAUUUGUUUCUGGCUACCGGAGCAUGUGUGUGGGUAAAGCCACUAGUGGCCAGAGCCGUAUUACCCCCAAAAGUAAAUUAGCUUUUGAGAGUUGACUAUAAACGCUAACCUCAAUGUUCCUUAACAGAGAUACACAGCAGUGUCCUAGAUAGUUUACCAAAUUGUAUGUUCAUGUCAUGGCCAUCAGGUAGAAAUGUUUCAACUUAAUUCAUGAGAACAUAAUUUUUCAUGAUUUUCCCAAAGUUUGAUAAGCUUUCUUAGCUUGGUCAUCGCUAUCAAGAAGACUCCAGCUAGAGCUGUGAGAGAAUGCCGCAUUCAUGUUAUAUGGUUUAGUCUGUAAUCACGAUCAGCAAAAUGGGAAAAAAUGGACAUGUCAUCUUCCUAGUUGUAAUAGUUUAUUUGAUUUUACCAAGGCACGCAAUUGGAGUUAAAUAAUGGGAGGGUUUUCCAUUUGUACGCUUCUGUCGACAUCUGCAGCACAAGAGUCCUAGCAUAGGCUUUGCCACUGUAGUCAGGAUCCAACGCUGCACCCUAGUUGCUGAAUUAGCCCAAUGUCAAAAACAGCUUUUGCAUUGCCUCCGCUAUUGUGUAUGUGUUGUGACGGCUCACUUUGAGGCUCACUGCAGUUGGAUGUUUCUUAUCUCAAAGCUCUGUGGGACUCAGAGUAACUUCUCUCCUAAAGUUAAGGGACACGUCUGUUCUCUUUGAGCUAUUUUCAAAGAGGCAGUUUUUUGUGUGUUAAUGACUCAACCAGGAGAAUUCCAUGCCCAUCUAAGUUGAAUAGGCAGCCACUUAAUAGUUUCUCCAUCUGGAACCUUGACCACCCCACAUACUGUAUCCCAGCACAUGUGGUACUCCGCUGGUCAAGUUAACUCACAGUGGAUAGAGACAGGAAGUAGGCAAAAUGGAAGCCAGUACUUUAAAACCUAGCACUCUUAAUAAAUGUAGAUGUAAAUGCUUUCUAAGUUAACUUCUUUUUCGAGCUAGGCAAGCUAGUUAUCUUAAAGGAUAGGACAGUCUAUCUUAAUUCAACCCUCACACGGCAUAUGUAUGUUGAAAGAGCAAUGAGUCGCUGUAAUUAUUCCUCCUCUCCAUAACAGCUGUGAACGUUAAUCAAGUGGGUAUCCUUGUUCUGGGAGUCCCAUGUGGGUUUAUUACAGGUGUUUGAUUCCCGUCAACAAACCUACAUGGGCUACCUGGAGGAGUGGCUCCACCACGGCUCAGCAGAAACGCUGUAGUAUAAAAUUCCAUCUUUGUGUUUCCACAGACAAGUGUAGUGCAGUGCAGUCUCGCUAUAAAAUAAUCUCUUCAUGGUCAGUAUAGACAGAUGAGUAAUGAUUACGGCCUUUUUGUAACGUACAUAUCGGUGUACAUAUGAGUGUUGAGACAGACUUAGCCACUUACCAAUUCUACCAGUAUUGUGACUAUUUCUUUGCUAUUAAAAAAUAACUUGCAUAUCUACAGUUAUAGUGAUACAUGUCAAAGAACUAGUUUCAACCUGCCUUUAUGAUUGGUUCAGUGAAGGAAAUAUUAGAUCCUUUGGCUAAAUCCACUGUGUUUUAACUUUAACAUUAGUGAAAUGGGCUAGGUUACUGCCCAAGACUACAGAAGUGAUAAUCCUAAAAACUGAUGACUAUACAAGAAGUCGCUGCAUUCAGAGUUACUGCUUUGACAUUCAUGUUAGCCAGAUAGCUAACUAGUACUCUAAAAUCUAGUGGCUCUUUGGCCCAACCAAUGAUAACACGUCUACAAAAAGUAGUUCUGAAACUUCUCUGCAUGUCAGUGUCAUGCUUCUUCCGCUGAGUGGAGAACCACUUCAGCCAAACGCUCCAGUGUGAAGAACUCGGCAGUAUUAUCAUUGCCUUGAGUUGCCUACUCUCUUAAUGAGGGCAUAGAUGUUUGAGUGUUUAAUGAAAGGCCUUACUGUCCUCCAUCACAAACCACUGUCUUAUUGUCAUUUCACCACUUUAUUAUUUUACUGUUGACAGGUUACCCCAAUGUCAAUAUAAAGUCAAGAUUGUUUCUUUAGAAUGAAAGAUUGUUGAGGUACUUUUAAAGAGUGUGAUUAAGAUCUAUUGAGAUUUUCAUAAUUAUUUGGUCUCAAACAUGAACUGAAUUGAUGUUUGAUAUGACCAUAAACAACAGAAAAUCUCGGUGGAAGGUUUGUAUGCUGCAUUUGUAUUGCAGUUAUUUCAGUCUGUUGUAAUUGUUCUGAUGCGUUUGUGUUCUAGGCCAAAUACCUUUUCUUUAUAUUAGCCUACUUCUAACAGGCCCAUCUUUAUGGUUUUGCACUACUUUGAUCUUGUCACUUCCUGUAUGUUACCGACUAGUUACAUGUUACAAUGUUGGUGUAAAUAUGAGUGAACUUCAUUAUGUAUCCUUUCUUUGCAUAGGUUGUAGUUUAGCUCUGCAUGUUUCUUCAAGGCAGAGCCACACUGAAAGGCAGUGUGUUAGUGGAGCCAAAAGAUAUCUCAAACAUAUUGCUAUGGGAUUUGGUUUGGGAAUUCAUGGUCCCCAGGGGGUGUUGCUAUUCAUUUAAGUGACCUUUGACCUUUUGUUUAACACUGCCAUCAGGUCAAAAUGUCCUGUUAGCCAACACUGUGUUUGUUUUUUGGGUUGGCAUUCUUCUGCAAGUAAAUGUGGCGGCCAGUGUAGUAAAUGAUUUUAACAUAUGAUAUCUUAAAAUAAGGCAGGAUGCCCAGCUAC